AUGAGUCGGGUGUGUAUUGUUGUUUUGGAGGAGAUAGAAGAUGAAUCUCCACCGUUUGUUUCCAAAUUGCCUCAGGAAAAUAAAUUCCUUCCAUCUCCAGCUUCUGGAAAUGUAUUGGUAAGAUGUGAUAGUCUCUUGAGUAUUUUUCCAUCACUGGUUCAAGCUAUAUUUAAUGGAGAUCCUGAUGAAGUUCGGGCACUAAUAUUUAAGAAAGAAGAUGUUAACUUUCAGGACAAUGAAAAGAGGACACCAUUACAUGCUGCUGCUUAUCUGGGAGAUGCAGAGAUUAUUGAACUACUUAUUUUAUCUGGAGCUAGAGUUAAUGCCAAAGACAGCAAAUGGUUGACUCCUUUACACAGAGCAGUUGCAUCUUGUAGUGAGGAAGCUGUCCAGGUAUUGUUGAAGCAUUCAGCAGAUGUUAAUGCUCGUGAUAAAAACUGGCAAACUCCUUUACACAUAGCUGCUGCAAACAAAGCUGUCCAAUGUGCUGAAGCUUUGGUGCCCCUCCUAAGCAAUGUAAAUGUGUCUGAUAGAGCUGGCAGGACAGCUUUACAUCAUGCAGCAUUCAGUGGACAUGUUGAGAUGGUCAAUCUGCUGCUGUCCAGAGGUGCCAAUAUUAAUGCAUUUGACAAGAAGGACAGAAGAGCUAUUCAUUGGGCAGCAUAUAUGGGGCACAUUGAAGUUGUGAAAUUGCUUGUCGCUCAUGGAGCUGAAGUCACAUGUAAAGAUAAGAAAUCUUAUACACCUCUUCAUGCUGCUGCUUCCAGUGGAAUGAUCAGUGUCGUGAAAUAUCUUCUAGAUCUCGGUGUUGAUAUGAAUGAACCCAAUGCCUAUGGAAAUACACCUCUUCACGUGGCCUGCUACAAUGGACAAGAUGUGGUCGUAAAUGAGUUGAUAGAUUGUGGUGCUCACGUAAACCAGACGAAUGAGAAAGGGUUUACUCCUUUACACUUUGCUGCAGCAUCGACGCAUGGCGCCCUGUGCUUGGAGCUCCUGGUUGGGAAUGGAGCCGAUGUGAACAUGAAGAGCAAAGAUGGGAAGACACCCUUGCACAUGACAGCAAUCCAUGGCAGAUUCUCAAGAUCACAAACCAUUAUCCAGAGUGGAGCAGAAAUAGACUGUAAGGAUAAGAAUGGAAAUACUCCGUUGCACAUAGCAGCUCGAUAUGGCCAUGAGCUACUUAUUAACACUCUCAUUACAAGCGGUGCUGACACAGCAAAGCGGGGCAUACAUGGAAUGUUCCCUCUCCAUUUGGCAGCAUUAAGUGGUUUUUCAGAUUGCUGUAGGAAACUUCUUUCUUCAGGAUUUGACAUAGAUACUCCAGAUGACUUUGGCAGAACUUGUCUUCAUGCUGCUGCGGCUGGAGGGAAUUUGGAGUGCCUAAAUCUUUUACUUAAUACUGGCUCAGACUUCAACAAAAAGGACAAAUUUGGGAGAACGCCCCUCCACUAUGCUGCAGCCAACUGUAAUUACCAGUGCCUGUUUGCUCUUGUGGGGUCAGGAGCCAGUGUGAACGAUCUGGAUGAGAGAGGCUGUACGCCCCUGCACUAUGCAGCCACCUCAGAUACAGACGGCAAGUGCCUGGAAUACUUACUAAGAAAUGAUGCAAAUCCAGGAAUCCGUGACAAACAGGGAUAUAAUGCAGUUCAUUAUUCUGCUGCCUAUGGUCAUCGUUUAUGUCUUGAACUGAUUGCCAGUGAAACUCCCUUAGAUGUUCUAAUGGAAACCUCGGGUACAGAUAUGUUAAAUGAUUCAGAUAACAGAGCACCAAUAAGCCCUUUGCACUUAGCUGCCUAUCAUGGUCACCAUCAAGCUCUAGAAGUGUUGGUACAGUCUUUGUUAGAUCUUGAUGUGCGGAACAACAAUGGAAGGACACCCUUAGACCUUGCAGCCUUUAAAGGCCAUGUGGAAUGUGUGGACGUACUCAUUAAUCAGGGAGCCUCAAUCUUAGUCAAGGAUUAUGUGGUAAAGAGGACGCCUAUUCAUGCUGCAGCAACAAAUGGUCAUUCAGAGUGUUUACGGUUAUUAAUAGGGAAUGCAGAGCCACAAAAUGCAGUAGACAUUCAAGAUGGAAAUGGACAGACUCCUCUGAUGCUGUCUGUUUUGAAUGGACACACAGACUGUGUUUAUUCACUACUGAACAAAGGAGCAAACGUAGAUGCCAAAGAUAAGUGGGGAAGAACAGCAUUACAUAGAGGGGCAGUUACAGGCCAUGAAGAAUGUGUAGAUGCAUUGCUUCAACAUGGUGCCAAGUGUUUACUGCGGGAUGGUAGGGGUCGGACACCCAUACACUUGUCAGCAGCCUGUGGUCAUAUUGGUGUUCUUGGAGCACUGUUACAGGCAGCAGCAUCUGCAGAUGCCAUUCCUGCCAUAGCAGACAAUCAUGGCUAUACAUCGCUUCACUGGGCCUGCUACAAUGGACAUGAAACGUGUGUCGAACUUCUCUUGGAACAGGAAGUCUUCCAGAAAAUGGAAGGAAAUUCUUUCAGCCCAUUACAUUGUGCUGUGAUAAAUGACAAUGAAAGUGCUGCUGAAAUGUUAAUUGAUACAUUGGGCACUGGCAUUGUAAAUUCAACAGAUAUGAAAGGAAGAACCCCUCUUCAUGCAGCUGCCUUCACAGAUCAUGUAGAAUGUUUGCAGCUGCUCCUCAGCCAUAAUGCUCAAGUGAAUUCUGUAGAUUCUUCUGGGAAAACACCUCUGAUGAUGGCUGCAGAAAAUGGACAGACAAAUACUGUUGAGAUGCUGGUUAGCAGUGCUAACGCAGACCUGACUCUACAAGAUAACAGUAAAAACACAGCACUCCAUUUGGCAUGCAGUAAGGGUCAUGAAACUAGUGCCUUGUUAAUCCUGGAGAAGAUAACAGAUAGAAACCUCAUCAAUGCAACCAAUGCAGCUUUGCAGACACCCUUACAUGUUGCUGCCAGAAAUGGACUCACAGUCGUAGUGCAAGAACUUUUGGGGAAAGGAGCAAGUGUGCUUGCUGUAGAUGAAAAUGGGUAUACCCCAGCUUUGGCCUGUGCUCCCAAUAAGGACGUGGCGGAUUGCCUAGCCCUCAUUCUGGCCACCAUGAUGCCUAUCUCAUCAAGUAGCACGAUACCGUCCCUAACGUUCAGUGCCAUUAAUCAUUACACUAACACCUCAAAGACCGUCACCUUUGACCCCUUGCCUAUGAUGCGCAGUGAGCAUAGCUCUUACUGCAGUUUCAACAACAUUGGCAGGGAAGAUGGUUAUCCAUACACAGAAGAGGAUGAACUCAAUGACUCUGAUUCAGAGACUUACUGAGCAGCCUCUGUGCUUGUGUGGAGAUUUCGCCCCGUCCCGGAAGGAGCACUCGGUGUUCCAAUAGAAAUCAGCCUCAAGGAAAAGGGCUCACGGUGGAUGGUCUACAUGCUGACACGCAGAGGAAGAUUUUUAAAGCCAAGUUUUGCAAAAGGAGCUACUGGAUACAGUCUCGAAGUGAACUUGAAAUUCCAAACAACUUGGUUGAAUUUGGUUUUGAGGUGCGAGGCGUGAUUUUGGGACACAGUCCACUAGUUUGGGUAGACAAGCAACACUAUUGUACAAGAAAAAAGGACACUACAUUUAAAAUCCUAUCAAUAAAACUAAUUAAAUCUGAAGGCAAUAAAAGUUUGGUACAGUAGGCACUGUUGCACAGCACAUUGCCAAAGGACCAAAUAAAGGUUUUUUAAUCUAAUAACUUUUUGUGGAAACUGGAAUAGAUUAAUUGAAAACUUGUCUAAACCAAACUUUAAUAUUUCUAAAAAUGAAGUUCAAAUUUGGUUUUAAAGUUUGAUUUUUUUAAAAAAAAUAAGCAAAAAUCUGAAAGCCUUCUGACACUGUAUUUAAAUGUACAAUGAGAGAAAGCAGAUGUAUUUUUAAGUUUUGUCUUUUCUUUUAGAUAAAAAUUUUAAAGAAAAAUUGUCAUACUUUUAUAAUGUUAAAAUUGAAAACCAGCUAACUGAUGCAGUCAGGGUGAUACAUGUACAGUGUAAAAAAAAUCGAGGGGGGGAGUCCAAGACAAUUAUUGUUGCACAGUUCUAGAUGGUUAAGUUUAAAAUUGAGCUAUUGUUAUUUAAAAUAUGCUAAAAGACUUGUAGGGGAGAGUGAAACAAUGCAAAUUGGAAAGUCAUUUCUUGACACCCUGUUGCAGCUGUCCAUCUGGUCCUGGGAAAUUAAUUUUUUUUUCCAGCAACUCAUCCACUUUUUUAUAACAUGUACAUUGGUUACUGAAAUUAUUUUUAUGCCUCCUCAUUGCAUUUAUUUUGCAUUAUUUAAAUCCUGGAGUAUGGUAAAAAAAAAAUAAUCAAAAAAGAAUAUCCCUUAUUACCCAAAGGUAUAAUGUCAGAUUCUUUGGGAGAAUUAAUUGUUGUACGACAUUUUUUUUAUAUGAACACAAACAUGUGGAUGCUCUUCGGAUGUGUGUUUUAUAACACACCGCUGUUGAGGGAAAGAAAGAGGAAGGGGUUGGGGGAAGCUGUCUGCCAGAAAUUUCCUGACAAAUGGAGGAGAGUUUCACAGCUUUUAAAAGAAAACUGAGGUUUGGGAUGUUAACAACUUAAUUUGGUUCUGCUUUAACCAUAACUCACUUUUUAAGUGAGAUUGCUCAGAGACGUGCAAGGCCAUCUUGCACCUCCAGAGAAAGUACAACAAGUUGCAGCAAAUUGAUUCCCGAUUUCAUUCUGUCCUUUUUUUAUUGUGAAACUGGAAAACUUAAUGACAUUGUAAAUUAUCAGCUGGUUUUCUGAACAUAAAGUGUGAAAACACAGAACAGUAUUUUGAUCUAUUUGAUAAUUUUGUGGGGUUUUUGAAGAAUUAAUGAGCAUGUACAUAGAAUUAGUGACUGCUUGAAUACUGUAUUUACUUGCACUCUUUCAGUACAUCAAGAUUCCUGUAUAUUUUACGGAGUAUAAUAAAACCCAGAUGUGAGUUGUUGUAUUUA